AUGGUGGCAGGAUACCAAACUUAUUAUUCCUCGACCGGUAGCUCCUCUUCUCACCAUGACGAGCAAACCGGCCUAUUGACUGGUCAGCCAUCAAUUUCGGCAACCCACUUCGAUAAAGACUGGAAUAGCAUCAUUCGUUCAUGGCUACCUUCAUGGAAAGCCCUUCGACAAAGCAGACCUGUACAACUGAUACCUUCCAUUACCAUUGGUGCUAUUAUCUGGUUUGGUGUUCCUGCAAGCGAUGAUCUCACACCCACUGCCAUUCGGCUUCUUGCAGUGUUUGUAAGCUGCAUCUUUGCAUUGAUUACUACAUCUGUCGACAUUUCGUUGUUGGUCCUAUCAGGCUUAACUUUGCUUGCCAUGACCCAUUCUUUUCAAUGCGAAGAUAAGUUGACGGGCCGUUCAACCGAAUGCCGCUUGUGUGGAACCGAGAAUCCACUUACGGGUGAUAUUUACAAAUGCAAUGGUGCCAAAGAGUCAUUCCAUCAUUCAUUGGAAGGGUUCUCAAGCUCAGUUGUGUGGCUCAUUUUUGCCGCUUUUCACCUUGGCAAGGCUGUGGAAGUCACUCAUCUCGGUCGUCGUGUGUCUCUUCUCAUGAUCAAGCUGUUUGGAAAGCACAUCAUGGGUUUGGCGUAUGCUAUUGUGAUCUCUGAACUCCUUCUAGCCCCUUUUGUACCAAGCAACACAGCACGCGGAGGUGGCAUUGUGCAUCCGGUAGUGCAUUCGAUUGCCACCACCUUGGGAUCCACACCCACCAAUGAUCCCAAGGUUGGCGGGUUCUUAAUGUUGGUCGGAAGCCAUUCAAAUCUGUUGUCAGCUUCCAUGUAUUUGACCGGCAUGGCUGCUAAUCCCAUUGUGGUGGCAAAGGCAUCCCAACUCUAUCCAGAGAUGACCUUUGACUUUUUGACAUGGUUCAAGGGAAGCGUUGUGCCUGGCAUGGUAUGUGCAGUAGCAUUACCAUUGAUCUUGUAUUGGGCAUGUGGCAUGAUGUCCAACAAGAAAAAUGAUCAUGAUGAAGAGCAACUCGCUGGUUCGACAACUACUUCAUCCCAUGCUGUGGCUGCUAGUGGCAACAGCAAGGCUGCUCAGCAGGCUGAUAACAUCGAUAUUGUACAACAUGCACAACUCGAAUUGGAGAAAAUGGGAAGCAUGUCAGCCAAGGAAUGGCAACUUUGUUCAGUGCUUCUCAUGUGCCUUGUGUUGUGGGUGACGUCGAGUUACACCAAGCUGGAUGCAACAUUGGUGGCACUCCUUGGUCUUGUUGUGUUGCUGCACAUGGGCACCAUGACUUGGAAGGAUAUUUCAAAAAAUACCAGUGCCUGGGACACGCUCUUUUGGCUGGGCGGGUUUGUUACCAUGGCACAUCAGCUAUCGGAUGCAGGCGCCUCGGCGUUCCUGGGACAUCGUAUUUCCAACAUGAUUGAAGAUCUCGGCCUUCCACCAGUACCCUUCUUGGCCAUUGCCUAUUUCCUUACCACAUUCAUGUUCUCAUCUCUCAGUGCACACAUUGUUGCCUUUGUUGCCACUUUCCUUGAUGCUGGUCAUGCUUUGGGUGCUAAUCCAAUGUUGCUUACGGUUCUCUUGGCCUAUUUUGGUACUCUUAGUGGAUGCAUGACCAAUUAUUCCACCGGUAUGGCUGCCAUGUACUAUGCCUCAGGCUACGUGUCACGCUCAAGAUGGUUUAUUAUCGGUUUUCAACUCGCUUUGUUUUACAUUGUGAUCUAUUUCACCAUUGGUAUGGGAUGGUGGCGUCUCUUGGGUUGGUGGAACUAG